AUGGAGCUGCUGCCCAUCACGGUGCUCCUCCUGCUGACGGGAGAAGCCUGGGGCCAGACCCCAUCUGGUGGCCCUUGUCCUCAUGACCAGAAGGACGUCGGGGAAGGGACGGAGCCGAUCUGCGUCCCCGUGUCCCCGCCGGAGGCGCGGGCCACGAGGGACGAGGACAGGAUCAUCGGGGGCUACCCCUGCCGCCCCUUCUCCCAGCCGUGGCAGGUCUACAUCUACCGGCCCGUCCUCUGCGGUGGCAUCCUGCUGAGGGCCAACUGGGUGCUCACGGCCGCCCACUGCAACAGCAGAGGCCUGCGGCUGCGCCUGGGGGAGAACGACCUGCAGCGGCGGGAGGGGACGGAGCAGGACCGGCGGGUGACGGUGGCCAUCCCCCACCCGGCCUUCGACCCCACCACCCUGGACAACGACCUGAUGCUCCUCAAGCUGGACCGGCCGGUGGCCCUGGGCCAGGCCGUGCGCCCCAUCCCCCUGCCCCGCGCCUGCGCCCCCCCCGGCGCCACCUGCCUGGUCUCGGGCUGGGGGACCGUCACCACCCCCCAAGUGACCCUGCCGCGUCACCUCAUCUGCGCCUACGUCGACAUCAUCCCGGCCUCCACCUGCCGCGCCGCCUACCCCCGCCGCGUCACCCCCAACAUGCUCUGCGCCGGCGUCCGCGACCAGCGCAUCGACUCCUGCCAGGGUGACUCCGGGGGGCCACUGUCCUGCAACGGGACCCUCCAAGGCAUCGUGUCCUGGGGGCUACAGACCUGCGCCCUCCCCGGCCGCCCGGGGGUCUACACCCGCGUCUGCAACUACGUGGGUUGGAUCCUCAACACCAUGAAUCGCAACUAG